AUGACCGGCAUAUCCUUGUUGAUUUUCAUCAGCGGUAUCUCAAUAGGCCCCACGAGGCAGGCCAAGGGCUUCAGCGAGCUGGCUUUCGCGCGUUUCACCACUGUGGAUGCACAAGAUCGUCUGAUGUUCCCUCAACCGCUCUUCGAUGCUGCUUCAACCUUUAUGACGUCGCAAAUGCCCUGCUCUAUCCGUUCCUAUACGGCACUGGCCGACGGUCGGCCCAAAGUGCUUGGCUAUGCUCAUGACAUCAACGUCUACGGCUACUUUCCGCAAGAGGGCCACUAG